CCCGUUUGCGCUCAUUAAGCGCUCCCACCAUUAAGCGAGUCGAGCUCCCCUUUCGCUCUGCAUUUCGCUCAUUUCCCAACAGUGAUACCUCAACGAUGGCGGUGCAAGGCUGCACAAAAUGCAUCAAGUACAUGCUCUUUUUCUUCAAUUUCAUUUUUUGGCUGGCAGGUGGCCUCAUCCUGGGCGUGGCACUCUGGCUUCGCCAUGACAACCAGACCAGCAGACUCCUGAUGCUGCAGCUCGGAGACCAGCAGGCGCCCAGCACCUUCUACAUAAGCGUCUACAUCCUGAUCUCCGUGGGUGCUGUCAUGAUGUUCGUGGGCUUCCUCGGUUGUUAUGGUGCCAUUCAGGAAUCACAGUGCCUUCUGGGAACGUUCUUCACCUGUUUAGUGAUCCUCUUUGCAUGCGAGGUGGCCGCCGGGAUCUGGGGCUACAUGAAUCGCGAAACGAUCGCCAAGGAGCUCAUCACCUUCUAUGACACGGCUUACGACCAGAACAUCAUGAGCAACAGCAAGAACCAGGCUGCCUCCUCUGUGCUGCAAGUCUUCCAUGAGACGCUGGACUGCUGUGGGAAGGGGGAGAUGGAAGUCGUCCUCGCUCAGCUUAUCCCGGACCUUUGCCCUGCCGCCUCCUUUGCCACGCGGGAUGUCACAAAGAAUUGCCACAGCCGAGUGAAGGAACUCUUCGGUGAAAAGCUGUACUUAGUUGGUAUCGCCGCCCUGGUGGUAGCCGUCAUUAUGAUCUUCGAGAUGAUCCUGAGCAUGGUCCUGUGCUGUGCGAUUCGCAACAACCCUGGGUACUAAACCGCUGGGGGAGGGGCCUUGAGCUCAUGACUGCCCGAUGCUCCAGCCAAUAGCAAAAUAUCUGUUUGGUUUUGUAUUUCCUGUCACUUUUAAAUGCAGUUACUUCAGAAAAAAUUUUUGUAUUUUCUUAAAGUUACACCAACAGUGUUGGGUAGUCACAGCUAAAAUGUCUGUACAGUAUCCAGCCAAAACCAGCUGUGUCUCCAAGCAAACACAUACACAAAUGCACACCUUUUAUUACUUUUGUACUUUCUUGCAUUUUCUGAUACAUGUUACUUCAUAAGUCCCAAGGGUCACAAGACUUUGACGAGCUUCCCAUGAUUUGCUGUAUAAAUUGUAUAUAUUUGCAGUAUUUUAUCAGUGACAAAAAUGGAUGCUUUGUCAUUGUUUUCAGAACUUCUUUGGUAUAUCUUGUUUGAGUUGAGAAGGUUCAGUGAGCUGUGGCGUGUUACGAGCUAAGGGCUCCAAUUUCCAUACAAAAAAAAAUUCCCCAUCACUAUAUGUACUACACUUCCCAGCAAUCUCAGGGCUAUCGUAAACCCCUCCCCUUUUACAGGUGCAUCCACCAAUUAAGUGAUUCCCAUCCACCGCCACCAAAGAAGCCACACCCACCUCCAGCCUAACGUAGUUAAACCACCAAUUAAGCCACUUACACACACCUCCACUCCGGCAGAGUUACGCCCCACCAGUGAAGCCACUCCCACCUACACCCUAACAAAGCUGACGUCCACUACGGACAGAAUUCGCCUUCACGCAUAAACAAAGACCGAUGUAAACUACACAUUGUGGGUUCGGGCAGUACGCAGGCUGUAUAUCAUAUGUUGUUAAGUAUAGGCAAAUAACAAGGAUGUCGUGUUUUUUUUUUUAUGGUGCUGGGCCAUUCUCUCCCGUUCACAGUCCUGCAUGAAACAUUUCCUUCUACAAAAAACAUUAAUUUGGUAGCUGUCCUGGUGUAUCUUCUUCACCAUGUGUUCGGCAUGGGCCAUGCCAUGGAAUGGUCAGGCCUGAGCUAACCAGGCAGGUGGAACCAUGCAUCUGCCCUUCUAGAGUAUAUUAUCGCUACUCAUCAGCACCAGCAGAUACCCUGAAUAUGUAUUCACACCACUAGGGGGAGCCUUUGCCGAACAUUGCAUGUUGAUCACGAUAUAUCUGCAGCAUGCCAUUGUAUGGGCGGUAAUGUACAGAUUUAUGCCCAUCUUCAAAUGUGCCAUUUGUAAUCCUGUGUAUAAUUUGGCUGUAACAGCCUACUGCCAACAUGUCCUGUCAACACAUUCGCAUAUUUACGGUGUCUUUCUAACAUGUACAGCUAUCUUCUAUAUAAUUGUACCAAUUAAUAUGUAAAGGACAUGCUAGCUUUUUUUGUUAAUUUCUGGUACUUUGUUGACACAGAACGUGUGGAAGGGAUCUGAAUCAGGCCGAGCAAAGGAGGUUUGAAGAUGCUCAGUAAAUGAUUAGUCAGUGGUUGUUUUCAGCUUGUUCAAAUAGUUGUUUUAACAUAAGAAAGGUUGAGAACAUUGUUAUUAUUAUUAUUAUUAUCUUUUUCAAUUCAAAUUCUUAUACUCAAUACAAAUUCAAUCAUUUGUGUUAUUUUUUUUCAGAACAGGUAUAAACAUGUUCACUAUCUUUUUAAAGAAGUUAUAUAUGUUCGUCUUUUCUAGGAUUUAUUGGGUCAACAAAAAAAAAAGUGUAGAGAAGCGGGAACUGUUAAUGCUUCCCAGUGAUCCAUCAGGAGAAGAGAUUCGGGAAAUGAAUCUGUUUCGCAGAGACGCCAUCGUCGGUGAAAUCCCUGUUAUUUACAUUCCAUCUCUGAAUGCGUGACACGUUCCCAGGGUGCCCGCUCUCCUGUGCUAUUCGGCACUUUCACCUCGCUGCUGAAACACCUGACGUGGUUUAAUUGUACCUUUCUUGUAUUGCGUGCUUAAUGACCCCAGGGCUGAUGUACUUACCCCUGUGCUGCACAUGGUUACUGUGCUCUGUGUCUCGCCCCGCAUUAAAGGCCCUCUUGCCCCCA